CGUUAGUCUUCGAGGAUCUCUCGACAGAUUAAGUCGUUACCGUGCAAAAUAUAUUUUCGAUUUAUAGUGAUUAUGUGCUACAAGUACAAUUAAUUGUAACAAAGAGUUUAAUUUUAAUCGGCAAUUUAAAUGCAUACAAGACUCAGUAUGAAAAUUGGUAUGGCAUUUCUAACGCUAUUAUUAAAUAGUGGCUUACUAUUCGUCGGCGUUACAACUCAAGAAAUCGAUUCUAGCAGCAUUACAGACGACAGUUAUUUUCGUUUACCGAACCACAUAAUACCGCAGCACUAUGACAUUGAACUUGAGCUAUACAUGUACAUACAAGAAGAAGUCAACAAUACCGUUUCUGAUAUCCAUGGCAAAAUGGUUGUCAAUAUUAGUGUUGUUCAGAAAACAUAUAGUAUAAGUUUGCACGCAGAAAAACCUUACGUACUUAUACUAAAGUCUAUGUUGGUUAAAGAACACAUGGACAUACAAACAAGUGUACAAGCGGUGAAAUAUGGCUAUUGUAAUAUAUCGAACACUAGGACUUUUUAUUUUAAUACUGAGAUAUUACCAGGGAAUUACAAUUUAAUAAUACAUUUUUAUACUAUAUAUGAUGCAAAUGAUAAAGCAAACAGUUGGUUCAAGACACUUUAUCGCGAUACGAAAGGAAUGACAACAUUCGUUGCCGGAACGCAUUUCCUGGGGAUUGGCGCUCGAAAAAUAUUUCCAUGUUGGGACGAGCCGGGAAUAAGAGCUACCUUUAACAUCUCCAUAAAACACCACAAAGAACACACGGUUUUAUCAAACAUGCCGAAACUAAUGACAGUUCUGGAUAAAGAUGGGGAAAAAGCGUGGUCGCGAUUCAGUACCACUCCUGCGAUACCUACUUAUCUCAUAGCAAUUACAAUUAAUAUCGAACCCAAUUUCCUACUCAAAAUUGAUAAUAAAGUCGGCAACAUAUGGCGCAGACGUAUUGUGUCAUAUAUUAGUGACUUCGCAGAAACGUUUGCUGCACAAGUCGCAGAAUAUUUUCAUGAGAAAUUUGAAAUCGUAAAAAUGAAUCCACAAUCGUUAGAUAUUGUUGUAAUUCCAGUUCUUCCAGACAACGGCAUCGCGAAUUGGGGACUCAUUUUGUAUAGGGAAACAGAUAUUGUUUAUGAAAAAGGAUUAGAUUCUGCUAUGCAAAAAAUAAGAGUGGCGAGUUUAGUAGCGCGUGAAAUGGCACAUCAUUGGUAUGGUAAUUAUAUUAGCCCAUUUUGGUGGAAUAACUUUUGGCUAAACGAUGGUAUUGCUAUGCUGCUUGGAAUGCAUGCUAUUGAUAAGAUCUAUCCAAAAUUUCGAAUAUUGGAUUUGUUUGUAGUCCAGAUUCUACAUGAAUCUCUCCAUUUAGAUUCUUUUGCUAUGCAACCUCUCUACUAUAAAUUAAAUAUUGAGAGUCCCACAGAAAUUAAUUCACUCUUCUCUUUUCCCCGUUACAUCAAAGCGUCUUCAAUAUUGCGCAUGCUGCAGCAUGUGCUUACCGAUGAUGUGUUUUGGCAUGGUGUCAAGUCACAUUUAAAGGCGUAUAUGUUUGACAAAGCAAAUUCCAACAAUUUCUGGCACAUUAUGCAAGAUGCCAAACAUAGUUCAUCACUCGGAAAAAGAUUUAACAUAAGACGAGUAAUGAAUACUUGGAGGGACAAAACCUAUUAUCCUGUGCUGAACGUUAAACGAAAUUAUAUAGAUUUUGGAGAUCUAUUAAUAUCGAUAGAUAACCUUGAUACACAGAAACAGGAUAAAUGGUGGAUACCUGUGACCAUCACUACGCAGACAGAAUGUAAUUUUACCCAAUCUUUUCAUCAUUACGGCACGUGGUUAAAAACCACGCGGUGGAAUGUUCCAUAUUGUGAAAUUCGUUUGCCGUAUGAAGAAAGCGGUUGGAUAAUAGUUAACUUACAGCAAACUGGUUAUUAUCGCGUUAAUUAUGAUCGCAAAAAUUGGAUGAGUAUUGCUUCUUAUCUACUUGUUGAAAACUAUACGAAUAUACAUGUGCUAAAUCGUGCUCAAAUCAUCGAUGACGCAUUUCAUCUAAUGUUAGAUCACAAACUUGAUUCCUCUAUAUUCUGGAAUCUUACGGCUUAUUUACAUCGAGAGACAGACUAUGUUGCGUGGUAUCCGAUGUUCAAAGCUCUUGAACACAUGUCGAGGAUUUUUCUAUUGCAAGUGAAUAAAGUUACAGAAAUAAAGGUAAAAUUACAAUCCCUAUUGACUGCACUUCUUGAGAAUAUAGGAUAUAACGAACGUGCUAACGAGAAUGAUCUUACUAAAUUUUUAAGGCAAGAGGCCGUCAAGUGGGCGUGUACUUUGGAUGCUACUGAAUGCAUUUAUGAAGCCAAAGAGAAAUUAGCACAGCAUCUCACAAAUCCUGAAAAACACAAACUUCUGCCAUGGUGGAAGCACUGGACUUAUUGUAAAGGUUUAAUUGCGACAAACAUUACGACAUGGUCAAAAUUAAUUCGUAAAUACGUGAAGAAACGUGAUCCCGACAUUGUAAAAGCUGUGGCAUACUAUGAUGAGUUUAAUAUUAUCCAAAUCUUUUUGCAAAUAAUGUCGAAGGAAAAUGGUGUUAUACCAAAUACUGAACACCGUGUUCACGGCUUUUUUCAUAUCGUUGCAAAGAAUGCAAAACGAAAUAUAGUACUUGAUUAUUUAUUAAAAGAAUUUACGGAAUUAAAACCCACAGAAGUUAGCUUGGCUGCGGCAUUAGUUCAUAUUAUUAAUCAUGUGUAUACUAAGGAACAAAUUUGGAAGAUACACACAUUCGCGAAAAAGACAAUUGAUGACAGAUAUGUAUAUUUGGCUGUUAGACAUAAGAUAAGAUCACGCUGGUUUGAAAUUACCCGUCAGCUUAUUUAUCUUAUGAAUUUUUAAAAGUCAAAAGAUGUUACAUAUAUGUAGAUAAUCAAUGGAAGAUUAUUAUAAUGCUUGUCCAUAUUUAUCUGCAUAAAUGUUUAAUAAUUUUUUAAUUUAUACUAAGAAUAAUUUAUACUGUUAUUAUUAUGUUAUAUUUAUGAUAUAUUGUUUUUUAAAUUACUUUUGUAAUUGACGCAUGCAAUUCAUUAUUUUGAA